UCGUUGGUAUCAAUGAGGUGGUCAGAGCUCUGCCUUAUAUGGUUAUCGGAUAAAAAAGAACAGGAAAGUUUCCUGCUAAUGAACCUCUCAGAAUGAAUGGGACAACUUAUUCCAACUUUGACAAUCAGGAACAUGUCUUGAAAUUAGGAGAGACGUUUGAGAAACACCCUAAAAGUGCCUACCAUACAGUACGAUAUGACUUCAAACCAGCCUCAAUUGAUACAACGUGUGAAGGGGAGCUUGAAGUGGGCAAAGGAGAGCAAGUCACUAUUACUUUACCAAACUUAGAGGGUUCAAGUGCUCCAGUAACAGUCUUUAAGGGAUCCAAGAGGCCGUACAUGAAAGAGUGCAUCCUCAUCGUGAAUCAUGACACAGGAGAAUACAGACUGGAAAAACUCAACAGCAAUAUUGCUGUGAAAAAAACAAGAGCUGAGGGCAGCAGUAAGAUCCAUUCUCGCCUAGAGCAACAGACCAGUCGCCUGAGUCAGCAGAUGAGAAGUAACAACAGCAGCAGCACCGGCAGCAGCUCUAACAAGACCUCAGCCAGCUCAAAGAGUUCUCCUCCCAAAGAAAAGGCGUCCCCUGCAUCCCCAAUGGACGACAUUGAGAGAGAGCUCAUGGCAGAGGCUCGAGUCAUGGACCAGCUGAGCAGUGGUGACAGCUCUUCAGACUCCAACAGCUCGUCGUCCUCCAGUGACGACAGCUCCAGCAGUGACUCAGAAGAUGAACAGAACUCUGCACAGCCAUCAGCCCCGACCUUCCACAGCAUGCCUAUCGUCAACACCAGCAGCAGCAGCAGCAGCAGCACCAACAGAGGCUCCCAGGAGACUGGAGGAGGACUCAUGAACACACUGAAGAAUGACCUCCAGCUGAGUGAAUCGGGCAGUGAAAGCGACUGAAGCAUUCAAGGACCUCUGGACAGAUCUGUCUGUCGGUGGGAGACAGGAAGGUUUUCAUCGAUGGAGGGGUCACAGAUGUGUCCUGUCAUAACUGGCUUCUCUACAAAAAAAUAGCGACAAUUUAGCUAGUGAACAUAAUUUGUUAUUUCUCUGGCAACAGUUUUCAGAAUUAACUGUCAAAUUAUUUGCUCAAUGACUUGUUUGGCAGGUAAAUGUACAUAGGGACACGUUGGAUGCAGGAAGUAGUAAAUUAUGAGAUACUAGCUGUAAUAUUUCAUCUCAUCGGAUGCAGAUGUGUGUUUAACCAGACCAACCAUAUCAGAGGCAGAGUGACAGUGGGUUUUUUUUUUUAUGUAGGUGGGAGUUUCUGCCGCCAAUCAGUUGUCUUAAAUCACCACUGCAUUUUCUGCAUUUCAGCGUAGUGAAAGUAGUUGUGCCUUAGGUCAAAUGUCAGGGAAUAGCCUCAGUUAGUAACAGUCUCAGCUACAUAAGUGUCUGUAGCUGCUGUCUGGGGAUGUCAUUCUGUCACAAGAGAAGUGGAAGUUUUUUUUUUUGUUUUUUUGUUUUUAUUUUUUUAGGAUGAGCCACAAUUAAAUGAUGACAUAGUCUUAUGUUUUUGCCUUAUAAAAGUAUUGUUUUAAUAGCUGUAGAGCCUUUUGCUUUGGAUUAUGGAUUCCUGUUCCGUGCAGGACAACCAAAUAAUUUAGCUUCUUUUUUUCUUUUUUUUAACAAGUUGACACGACCUCAUAAAUUUGUUUUAGCAAAUGGAUUUGGAAAUGUGCACAUCUAGCAGAACCACAACACAAUCAUCCUUUUGGAGUUUAAAGGUAUAAUAUGUAAGAUAUUCCUAAAACUGUUCUUCUCAACCAUCACCUCUGACCUUCUGCAAAUAUGUGGUGGUGCCCUUUGCCUGUAUUUUCUUCUUUUUAUGUUGUUUUGCUGUGUUCGGGUUGUUUCUUAGCAUGGACCUAUGGGUGCCCUCUCUGUGCAGGGUGAGGUUUAGCUGCAUUCACUCAGACCUGUCCCAUGUGGAGGUGCAUGUAUGUGUUUUGGACUGUAAACACGGUGAAAGAAUCAGAAAGUUACACAUUAUUUCUCUUUUUCACGGCUUCUUUCUCACCAGUGCCACUCCCUGUCUUCAUUUACUCUGUAGCUUUGUUUGGGUGUCAUUUGUUUACACAUGACAAGUGGAAAAUAUCUUACAUAUUGCACCUUUAAUAUCUGAAAGUAAGUUCAUCCAAAAGGAAAAUCAGUUUACCAGUUUAUCCUCUGUUAGGGACCAAAUCAGAUAAGCUACUGGUUUGACCUUUCAGCUCCGGUUUGGGCUCCACCACCUUCAAAGUAACAGUACGUGGCUUUGGCGUCGCUGAAUACUCAACUGUGUUCAGCAGCUGAUACCAAAGUCUACAUUCACACUGCGAGCCUUAGUGGGCACUUAGGAUUUACUGCUCACAGCUUUAUUUUUUUUGUUUGGCUGUUGACAUUCCAGUGAGAUUUGGCCCCAGUCCUGACCUGCCACCCAUGAGAAAGAACAAUAACAUACACGUUCCAUGAGUAAAUUCAGCGUGUGCAGUUUCAUUUCUAAGUUAACGUGCAGUGGGAGUCAGUGGGUUGAGACGAGGACAAAGAGACGCAAAUGUUUUAACUCACCAACUCCUACCAACGCACAGAUGUCAAUCAGUGACGUCAAGACAAGAAUUCUGAUUUGACUGUUCAGAGCACGUCAGAUCAGACUUUAAAUGCUCCAAUUCCACGCAAUUUGUGAAUUUGACACUGGCACAAAACAGAUUUAAGUCACAUGAGCAGAAAAAACUAAUCUGAGCCACUUUUUCCAUCAGUGUGAAUGUAGUCUAAGUGUCUGUCUGUGGUACUGGACAGUGUACAGUAUGUUUAUUACAGGUUUUUUUGGUCAAAAACAGCAGCAGAGUUGGGUCAUAGUUGUUUUUACAUUACUUUUUUGUGUUUUUUUGGAUCAGUUAACAUAAAAUAAGAUUAGUGAUGCUUUAAGUAAAAGCUUGUUUCUUCUGACGUUCCAGUAUAGGAGUCUGAUUUCUGGCAAAGUAGUGCACUAGUACUCACUCGACUCGCUCGGGGGUCAUGCUUUGUAGCUUUAAACCUGCAAUACUUGAAUCUGAAGAAUUAAUUUAUAUUUCAGAGUAUGCUCCACCAAUGGGGAAUUGCUUAAUAUAUAUAUUUUAUAUAUUUUUAAUAGCGGAGCAAUUGGAAGUUGCAGUUGAUAUUAACUGUACUGCAGAAGAAGCCAGACGCUUUGAUGCUUGGAUCUCCAUGUAAGUCUUACACAACUUGAUGUGCCUUUUGUUACUCACCUUGGCCAGUUGGAAUGGAGGCCUUCUCGGUUUGUUUCUAAGCCCCCAUAUCACCAGAGAGCUGCUGUCUCAGCAUACAGGAAGCUACUGUUUAUGUUAGAGCGUUUCUUUGGCAUCUCAGCUGACUGUGAAAGUGGAAAGUGAAUAUGUUGAGCCUGACAGACAACGGUGGUUUCAGUGCAUCAUUUGUAAAGUAUUUGAGAGUAAUUUCUUUGUAGAGGAAUAAAGAUUUUAAUUGUU